AAACCCCAACAAAUAAUCGAAGAAGACCAUCCCACCUUCGUCGCUUGUUUGCUCGUCUUUGUUGUUGUCUUUUUUUUUAUUGUUUAAUCAGUAUAAAGAAUAAUGUACAUUAAUUACUCCCACUCGAUAAUAGCCUAAAUCUUUCUGCUGGCCUUAAGUUGUUAACAAUUCGCGAUGACGCGUGGUUGUGGUUGAAACAAACGAGUUUAAUACAAUUGAUAAUAUCCCUGCAUCGAAAUCAGAAUUAGCUGGAAUCUUAAACAAUAUGAAGAGCACUUAUAAAAUCUUUCUGAUUUUGCUUAUGUGUGGAGUGUAUUAUAUCGAAACAGAUGAAGUGAAGUCAGUGAUGGAGGGAGAUUCUGUCACUCUGUACCCUGAUCUUUCUAAAAUACAAGGAAUGGUCCUGCUACUGUGGAGGUUUGGAGAGAAAGGUUCCACCAUUGCUCAGAUUGAUGGAAAUGAUAUCAUAUAUGAAGAUUAUGAAGUAUUCAGAGACAGACUCCAGCUGGAUCAGACUGGAUCUCUCACCAUCACAAACGUCAGAACCAAUCACUCUGGACUUUAUAAAGCUGAAGUCAGCCACAACAGCGGAACCUCAUAUAUUAUGUUCAGGGUUACUGUCUAUGAGUCUCCAUCUGUUAUUGCUGGGGCUGAAACUGAAUUGAAGCUCAUGUCAGUGACGGAGGGAGAUCCUGUCACUCUUCAUGUUCCUCAAAUACAAGGAGAUGAGCUGAUAGUGUGGAGGUUUGGAGAUGAAGAAAAACUCAUAGCUAAAGCUGAUAUAGAGGCCAAGAGCUCAUCAUUAUAUGAUGAAACUGAUGAGAGAUUCAGAGACAGACUGAAGCUGGAUCAGACUGGAUCUCUGACCAUCACAAACACCAGAACCACAGACUCUGGAGAAUAUAAAGUGAAGAUCAGCAGCAACAAACAGACUUCAUACAAGAGAUUCACUGUUACUGUCAGUGAACCAGGUCUGUCUGGAGGUGUUGUAGCAGUGAUUAUUGUUGGUGUUGUUGGUCUUCUGCUGCUAACUGCAGCUGUUGGUGUUUUUUUUAAUCGCCGCAAGAAAACUGAACUAAAUAAUCAAAAGUCAAAAAUCUCUGAAACACUAAAUGAAACAUCGGUGAUCUCUGGAAAACUAAAGCUAAUGUCCGAGAUCUCCACACAACUAAAGCAAAUGACGGAGGACUGUGAAAAAGAAUUGUCUGAGAUAUCUGAACACCAUCAAACAUUGAAGAUCUCUGAAAAUCUAAAGGAAAUGUUGGAUAUAUCUGAACAACUAAAGCAGAUGUCGAAGGACUGUGAAAAAAAAUUGUCCCAGAUCUCUGAACGACUCAAGCAAAUGUCUUUGACAAAGAAAGGGGAGAUCUCUGAACAGGAAACACGUACUGAUGUCACAAAAGAAGAUGCAACAAGAUCAGAGAUGGAGAAAGAUGAAAGGGAACAGUUAAUUUUUGUUGAACAUACUGCUUUAAGUCAAGUGAUUGGAGGGCCACCUGAUGCUGAUGGGAUAAUCAGAGACGGACAGGGCAAGAGCCUUGUACUCCGUAACACUGAAUCAACAGGAAAAGGAGUGAAUGAAGAAACAUCUGUCAUUAGUGAAUGAGCAACGGAAGAAGAGUUCAGUUUAAUGGUACAGACAUUAACUAUUAUUUUGUUGUUGUUCCAUCUCUUUGGUUUUAUUUUCUACUAUGAAACAGCAGACAGGGCCGGUGUUGCCACCUUGUGGAACAACUGAUUAAUGCAAGACCAAGACAAAGUGCAUGUGUACAAACUAAGACACUAGUAACAAUAUAAACACUACAAUCUUAUGAGCUGCUGAGUUAAUGCAUGAGUUCACGUUAUCUGCAUCUGUGCAUUAUUUUUGUUCUUAAAGACUGAAUAGCUCCACAUUACAAUUUAUAUGUAGCGCAUCCAUUCUACAUGGUAAGACUAAUGUUUAGCUCUUCUCUUUUUGCAUGCAUGAGAAAAAUACUGAGAUAUCACAGCUAAGCAAUGGAGUUGGGUGCCUUCACACUAU